AUGAUAAGUAAUAGUUUUGUUGAUGGAAGCAAUCUUUGUCUAUUUUCUCCUCUCAGAUCUGAAAAAGCUGGAGAGAUAGCUACCAUUCCCCUGACAAAGAUCAUUAAUGAGCGGUACAGGGCCUUCUCCUGGGUGGCCGAGCUGAUUCAGGUGUUUAUCGCCAUCAGCGUCACCGUGUCCUUCCUGGUGAUGGGAUCUGCUAUGAAACACACCAUUGAUGGUCUGGUGAGCUCUCUGUGGAGCGGACGCCUGGAGUGGCUCUCUAAAGCCUGGGAGAAAAACUCACCAAACAAACAUCACAGCUGCUCACCAAGAAGUUCAGCCAGACUGGGACUCUCCCUGCUUGCAUUUGGGAUCAUUUUCAUUGUGUCCAUGUGUGAUCCCAGGGGGUUUGUUGUCAUGUUGGACAAAGUUGUCUCGUUUUCCCUCAACACUGAGGUGGGACUGUUUGUCUUCAUCAUGCUGAGGGAGUCCAGAGAAGACCGCUUCCAGCACCUGGCCGUCCCGCUGCCUGUGGGUGACUGCAUGUUUAGCCUCACCUGGCUGCUGCCCACCUACUUCCUGUUUGCUGUGACUUACGACAUCCUGCAGACGCUUGCAGAUGUGGCCCAUUACCUGCCUUACUACAGCAGCGAUCAGGAGCUGCACGUUUACAACGUGAGCGGCAGCUUGACGGCAGCUAAUCUCUCCGCCUUCCUCUGAUCUCUAAGCAGGACUGCAGACUUCCUUCCAUUCUAGUCGGUAAAAAGCCGCCAGCCGCCAUCUUAGCGGCUGCUUUAACUACUGCUCACUUUUAAAAUGAUCUGAAUGCUUUUUUAAACACACUUUUCUUUUGCAUUUUCUGACGAAUGUCUGCUUUCUUGCACUUUUAUUAAUCUACAUAAGAUAGAAGCAUGGCCUAUGUAAUAAAGUAAACUAGCCUCCUGUUGGCUUAUUUUACAGUUUCUACUUCCUAAGUACAUUAAGACCUACAGCAUUGUGUUUAAGGGCUUGCAUGUCGUUUCUGCUGCAUCAUGGAGUAAAUGAACAAAUCCAGAUGUUGAAAGUUGUACAAACACAAUAAGGAUCAAUUCAUAUUGCUUUUAUAUAUCCAGAAUGAAUAUGGAAUUGAAAGCACACAUAGGAGGCUAAACAUGUAAAUAGAUGUAAAUAAGCUCCACAUUUCUCCUCUCUGUGCAGCCGACAGGAG